UCUUCCGAAAUCCAUCGAAGAAGUACAACACCCCAGGUUGUCUCUUCAGCCAAGUAGGCAACAUUAUCUCUGCGGGGUUAAACCAGCUGUGAAGGUUUUUUUUUUCCCCCUUCUCCCGAUGGUGCCAGGAACCUACUUGAAAACUAACAGAGCUGGAACCAGGACACACAAAUCGUUGUCCAGAUCUUCCCUUUCUCCCGUUUUUCACUGAAGGCAAAUGGUACUGAGUCAUGGAUCAAGCUGUUGUGGACAGUCCUGUUACCCUUGUAAUUAGGGCUCCCAACCAGAAGUAUGAUGAUCAGACAAUCAACUGUUACCAGAACUGGACUGUGGAGAAACUCAAAGCCCACCUCUCUGAUGUGUACCCAAGUAAACCCAGCUCCAAAGACCAGAGGCUGGUGUAUUCUGGAAAGCUGCUUUUGGAUCAUUUUACCUUAAAAGAUGUGCUCAGAAAGCAGGAUGAGUACCAUAUGCUCCAUCUGGUGUGCGCCUCACGAACCCCUCCCAGCUCCCCAAAGCCCUCCCGCAGCUGCAGUAACAAGCCCCAGGAGAGCACAACUCGUCCCACGGCCCCUCAGAACUCUAACGGUGUAGGUCCAGGCGGCCACUCCUCAACAGGGAGCAGUGAUGGACUCAGACACCGAGCUGGACCCUUCCCUUACCACCAGAUGUAUCCAGAAUUUAUGUACAGCUUGAAUCAACACUCUCCUCAGUCUACCCUUCCCAUAAACAUGCCUGCUUAUUACAACCCCAUGACACUCAUGUGGUGGCAGCAGCUGUACGCCAGGCAGUACUACAUGCAUUAUCAGUUACUCGCUGCUUCCUCUCAGCACCUCAGGGCCGAUCAGCCCUCGACCCAGACUAACCAGUCCCAUCCUCUGAGCCAACGACCACAAGUGGGUCGCCAUGGCAACCCAGAAGUCCAGAUGAACGCCCAGGGAGGAGAGAUCCUGAACGAGGAAGAGCUGAAUCGGGAUUGGCUGGACUGGGUGUACACAUUUUCGCGUGCCGCCAUCUUACUCAGUAUAGUCUACUUCUACUCAUCCUUCAGUCGCUUUGUCAUGGUGAUAAUGGCCAUGCUAGUGCUUUACCUGCACCAGGCUGGAUGGUUUCCCUUUAAUCUGGAAAACGAACUUCAGCUUCCCGGGGACGGUGGCAAUCAGGACGAUGGGGAAGGAGAACCACAAAACCACGACUUACAAGAAAUGGAAGGAGUGUUGGAUGAUGGCUCCGAUGACGAGGACGGGGAAAGUGGAGAGGAAGGAGCAGAAGAUCCUAACAGCGCCCCCCACACAGGGUUCUUGUCCUCCACGUGGUCAUUUAUCAUAACCUUCUUCAUGUCACUCAUCCCAGAGGGGCCACCAAAUGGCGCUAACUGAACCACGGGCACUAUGUGCUGCCACAGUUCCCCACCGAAGCAUUUUCUUUAAGAGGAGGAUGAAUAUCCCACCAGCUUAGGGAAACACUUUGUUUUAUAAUGCAGUGUUAUAGUUUCCCCCAUAGUUUACACACGAAACUUUAAGCUGAACCACAACAGACUGAUUUAACCUGAAAAGAGAAACAAGACCAUUUUAUAUGGAGUUGUUUUGUUUGUCUUCACAAAGACGACCAUUUUAAACUGUCCAAUGAGAAGUCUAUUCGCUGUGUAUGAAUUGAUUGCUGUUGAUCCCUAUGUAAGCAUAGGGACAACAAGUAAUUGCUGCUUUUUUUUGGGCACCUAAAUCUUUAUUUUUUUUCUUUGUAAGAAGCCGUUGUUGAAAUAGUUUUGCUCGAAUUGUAAUGAAUUAUUUGUAAUUGUUGUUAUAUUACAAUAAGACAUUUUAAAAGAGCCCCAUUAGUGUAAAAGCUGAAUUUCAGUAAAUGAUAGUGAAUCAUGUAUUGCCUGUAAUAAGUUACAUGAGUUAUUUUGGCCUAAGAGUUUCUAAAACAAAUUUGUACUGUGUUUAAGUGAAACCCAGUGAUGCUGGUUAAACAGAUGUGAUUUCUUUUUCUCUUCUUUUUUUUUUUUUUUUUAAAAAAAAAACAAAACAAACUAUAACAAUUUCAGAGUCUCAACAUACUGAAUGACAUGAGAAAUCAUCAUUUUGAUUUGGGUUGUGGCAUUGAAGGGACACUGAAAAAAUUAUUGUUUAAAACUUUUUUAAAAAGCACUGCAACUCUGCAGAGCUUACACACCUCCCGAGUUUCUGAAAAUGACUACUGCUGUUGCAUUUAAUAUGUUGUGUACCACAAUAAUGUUUAUUAAAAUCCUGUUAAUUGUAA